AUGCGCCUUCCUUUGUUCCCAUCAUCAUCAAUUCGAAACGCGUUCUCUCGACCAUACACGAAUAUGCUCAAGGAAACCAUGACCGAUGUUGACUUCUUCUCACAAGUCAUCUCCCUGACCAGUCAGAUCAGCACGAACCUUACUACAGCCUCGUCACCCAUCCGUAAAACAGUGAAGUUGACUGCUACAAUUCCCCUUAAUCUAGGGUACGUGGAAGAGGACUCAUUCAGCCUCGACCUCUCAGGUCUGGCAGUAGAUAAAGCCUACCAUGACGCUUUGCUCAUGCUCUUCAAGAAUCAGCUGGUGGACCUGGAGGAAGCAUAUCAGAUCGAAUACGAUAAGGCGGUGACGGUAAUGCGACAGGAAAAUUUGUACGAAGAGGCUCACGACGAGGCUUUCAGAGGCCUCCUCACGAGGCUCUUUGCCACUGAUUCGCAGAGGGUGUGGCACGUGAUCCUUGAAGAGGUGAGACGAGCUCCACUCGCUAUUGCGAGACAGUCAAAACCAGUCUCUACUGGUGCUGGCUGCCUGGUAUUCAGCGAUGGUGAGACUCAUAAAGUCGGUCGUGGACAUGACUCGGACGCGGUCCGAAUCCUGGAGCAAGCCUUCGAGCACACACCCAACAUCACGCAAGCCGAAAAAUUCCAACUCGCCGAAGCCACCGGACUUCAACCAAAGCAAGUGACCAUCUGGUUCCAGAAUCGUCGCAACCGCAAGGGCAAGAAAGGUUCAAAGCUUGCGAUCACCAGCCAAUCUGACUCUGACCCACUGUCCUUCAAGAACGGAUCUCCUCCUCCCUCUCCGAUGCGCGACUUUACGCUGUCCGAAAAGAAGCGCAAGUCGUACGGCGCGCUCGGUCGGGCCUCUCUCGACAGCAGCAGCUACGACUCGGACUCGCCCUCGUCCCUGCCCAAGAAACCUCGGCUACCAAGCGCAGAAUCGGAGGUCAGCGAUGGCUCUGCUUCCUCGUACGAACAUCACGCCGCCUUUACUUGCUGGAGCACUCCUUCAUCGCACUCGAACAGCUCGUCACUCGAUUUGAGCGGCAUGAGCGACUUUGACAGCCCGAGAAAGCCGCGCAACGUUUUCGACUACAUGAAGCCUCGCACCUUGAACGUCAAGGCCAUCACCUCCAUGCCCAAGUUGACCAUACCUGCGCCGCAGCAACACGCGUCCACAAACGCAACACUGGGUCAGCGAUCCCCUUUCUUGUGCGACAUUGCGACUAGCAAGGUCGCGACGGGCGCAAACCUCGACUUUAGCGGCUUGUACUUCAACUUGGACAGCGUAGCGGAUGACCAGAGCUUCCGUGAGAGUGUGCAGAGAGUACUCAGCAACAUGUCCGGCUACGAGGCAGACAUCAGCAGGAAUGUGUCGUCGAGCUCGUGGAGUUCUCAGCAGACGACGACGGAUGACGAUGGUUGGGAAGAUGUAGAUGACUCGAUCGCGUCACAUGUCAACGGGGGCUGGCAAGUUCAAAUUUCCUCCGGGCCUACUCAGGUAGACGCUAUGCCGAGUCAAGAAGCGCCGCAGACCACUCUCCUCCCUCGAGCCCAGUCGGCACCCCUCGAUCAGACGAACAAUGGUCUCAACACAGGCUCCGACAACGCUCACUCUCAGCCUUCACUCUUCGGCGACGACUCUUUCGAUCUCAGCCAGUUCUUCCAAUCGACAUCGGUGCCUACGCACAUGCCUUCGAUAAUGACCUUUCCGCAACAGCAUGGGUUGUUCGAGGUGCCGCUGCCCCAAGUUCAUACGCAAGAACUUGGCGAAAUCGAAAAGCCCCUCGACAUGGACCUGGACGACAUUCAAAGCAUCCUCGACAGCAACAUCUUUGCUUCGUCCCUUCCCAGCUCGCAGCAAUCGAACGGCGGGAUUGCUCCACAAAAUUCCAGCGCGCAAGGAUGCAAUGCGGGUACUGGAGCAGAGAUGGGCGAGGGUGUGUUCCAGAUGAACUUUGAUCUGGACUCGAACUCGUUCGGCUAUGUCUGA